AUGUGUCUCCGUGUCAACAAGACCUUCCACAAGAUCGCCGGUCCCAUCCUGUACCACACCGUUCGGGUCGACCGUCACAACAUGAAGAAGUUCUUCCUCGGGGCCUUUGUCGGCACCAACAUCGACGAGGAGGAGCUUGAAUGCGGCCUGAUGCAGGGGAAGGAGUGCACGCCACCCACCAACGAGCGAUGGGAUGCCGAAGUCGGACCCAAGCUCCUUCCCACGCCUCCUCAGGAGAAGCAAGUCGAGGGCGCAGCCUCCGACCGCCCCAACGUCACAAACUUCAAGGCAGCUCUUCUCGGUCACGUUCGAGUCCUCUCCCUCGGCUCGCACCAUUGCUGCGUCUGUCACUUCUAUGGCACGAAUAUCGGCCCCCUCCUCAAGAACCUCGAUACGCUUCGUGUCGUGCCCGCUCCCCUAACGCCCUUCACUGUCGACACUGUCUGUGAUAAUCGAAUCUACUGUCCCUUCUUUGACAGUCUCAGGCCACGCAAACUUGUCUUCCGCAACGUUGGAGGACGGCCGGUGUUCCUCACCCGGGAGCAUCAUAACAUCUGGAACCCGUCAAGGCUGGAGGAGGUAGUCUACAUUCUCCCCACCGAUGGAAGGGUGUACCGAAACGAGACAGUCAAGGCACUUGACGAAUUGAUCCGUUUUGAUGUCCCCUGCAAGGUCGUCUUCUGCCGCGGGUGGGAGGUGUGGGGCGCUUUAGGGGACCAUGCCCUCAGCCUUGUCACUGUCAACUCCGCCGUUCAACAUGUUCCUGUUCGCCCCGUCGACUUUAUCGCCGCGUUCCUCAAUACCGUGGAGGGAACGGCCUUCGGUCUCGAAUCUGUCGAUUUCCACAUUGGCGGUCCACUCACGGGAGGCGAGUGUCAGAUCACGAGAGCGUUUCAACUUGAAAACCCGGACGAGCCGAUCACGUCCGAACGACUGCGACAACUCGUCAAAGACGAACUUUCCAGUCGUGCAAUGGAAGCACUGUGCGAGGACGAACCCCUUGAUUACAAGAGUCUUUCCCAAUAUCACCAGCUUUCUGCUGAAGUGCGGCGGUUUGAGUUGGACGACAGUCUUGACUCGCAUCUGAUGGUGGCAAGCCUCCAGAGCCAGGAAUUUUUCAACGUCUCUGCCCUCCCAAACGAGGGGUACAAGGAAAUGAAGAACCUUGUGAAGACUCUGGGUGACACUGGCCUUCUUGAUCCCUCCGUCAUCGAGGAGUUCCAUUCUCGCAUCCCCUUCACCGCCAGCACCUGCCGUUGGGUUAUAUGUCGGCUGGCCCACCACCUGGAGGCCCGUUUGCAACCCCCCUCGGACUCAGAAUCCGACUGA